AUGGAGGAAACUGGUGUCACCAUCUUCGUCACGGUUCAGAAGAUCUACUACCCAUUCCUUUGUAUCAUGGGUAUUCCAGCCAACCUCUUCACAUUCUACAUGAUCUGCUUCCGUAAAUGUGGGAUGUCUGACACAGCCAUCAUUUACCUGAGCUGUCUUGCUAUUGUGGACACCUUCUACCUGGUGUGGGUGAUCCUUAUUGACCUGACUCUCACCUUCUGGUUGCUGCAGCCCUUCUGGCACUCCCACCCCUGGUGUGGAAUCCUGGGGUUCCUUCAGUAUGGAUCUCUCUACAGCUCUUCCUGGAUCGUGGUGGUGUUCACCAUCGAGCGCUACCUUGUCCUUCGCAUCACGGCUGCCAAGCAGCACUUCUCCCAGGCUCACGUCACCAAACUGACCUGUGUGGCCAUCGUCCUGGUGUCUCACCUGGUAUCUGUGCCAAUGGGCUGGAUCAAUGUUGUUACAACUGUCAACUUUACGAUAGACGGGGAGAAUAUAACAAUGCCCAGGUGUCGUUAUCGUAACGAGAUCUACUCCACUGUUAUAGUGUGGAUAACCACAUUCCUCUCAGGGGGAAUACCCAUUGUGCUUGUUAUUAUCUUUAACUACCUCAUUGGGUAUCAUCUUUGCCGCGCCAGCAACCUCUUCACCAAGGAGGAACGUCGCGUCAUGCAUGGAAGGAGCACCAGAGGCAUGUUGAGGAGGACCAUCCUGCUGCUGGGCACCGUUUCUGUGGCUUUUGUCGUGCUCAGCCUCCCCCGCUUUGUCACAUAUUGCAUCCUGAGGACCGAGUACAACAACGAGAAGUUCAACAGAAAUGACUACAACAUACCCAUCAAUGUAGCUGGCGAUGUGGCCAACAUGCUGCAGAACCUUAACUCCACUACUAACUUCCUGCUAUACUGCAUGGUCAGCCGGCGCUUCCGGCAGGAGCUAGUACAGAUGGUGACUUGUAAGAUGAAGGCACGAGAGCUGGGCUCCAUCCUGACCCACACCACCAUGAAAGUCUUCACAGUUGCAGAUCAUAAGGUCUUACUAUCCAGCAAGCCGGUGACUGUGGUGCUAACAAAUCUCAAACAAACUGAGUAG